UCGAAAAUUACCCGCGUAACAGGUAGAGCUACAAUAAGCUUUAAUUUCAGGCUUUCAGAUCUUUCGAAGCUUUCAGUCAAGCUAACACCACCGUAGCGCGCGGACGUGACUUUCUUAUUUGAAUGUGUCAGAAAUAACAAUUGUGAACCAGCCGGCGCAAUAAAACAAUAUGUUACCGUGUAGACUAGCGACGUGCGUGGCUGCGCUUCUCGCACUAUGCUUCGCGCGCGGGGCCGUCUCACUAGACCUCCAACGCCUUUAUGGACACCACACAAAGCGAUCUGAAUACUGUCAUCCAUAUGAGCCGUUUAAGUGUCCCGUGGAUGGAAAUUGCAUCUCCAUACAAUACCUUUGCGAUGGUGCACCAGACUGCAUUGAUGGUUAUGAUGAAGAUUCCAAGCUUUGUACUGCAGCUAAACGACCGCCCGUAGAAGAAACCGCAUCAUUCUUGCAAUCACUAUUGGCUUCACACGGCCCCAACUACUUGGAGAAGUUGUUCGGUAACAAAGCCAGAGAUGCCCUGGAACCACUUGGUGGGGUGGAGAAAGUUGCUAUCGCUCUCUCUGAAUCACAAACUAUAGAGGACUUCGGGGCAGCUUUACACUUGAUGAGAUCAGAUCUCGAACAUUUACGUUCAGUCUUCAUGGCGGUAGAGAACGGUGACCUGGGCAUGCUAAAGUCUCUUGGCAUCAAGGACAGUGAACUCGGAGACGUGAAAUUCUUCUUGGAGAAACUCGUGAACACCGGUUUCCUCGAUUGAGUAGCACCGGAGUCUGCCUCUGACUACUACCAUGUCAUCCAAUUCGGUCCCAUCAGCUCCUCAUUCUAUAGUUACCUUCCCUAUGACACCAUGAAAUAUAAAAGGAAUUAAUCAGUCUCAUUCAUUCGUUCAUUUCGGUUGCGACUCAAUCCGGCCACAGACUCGAACCGAUUUGAAUGAUCAGUUAUUGAUAGAUUAUUUAAAAGGAAUACUCGCGUCAUCAUAAUAACAAAGUGACACAUUGUCAUAUAUCUACUUGUAGUUACGUAGAAAUUAAGUUUAAUUUUAAGUAGAUUUGUCCACGUCGCCCUCAACAACUUUUCUAAACCUUCCACCCAAAGCCAUGUCAGAGGCGACUCCUUAAAUAUAAUGUCCAUUCUAAGCGAGAUAUAAAGCUAAUAUAUAAUAAGUUUGAAUUUUAAUUGAGUUAAAGAAUCUUUAAAAAAAAUAUAGAAUGCAUGCGCUUUAUAUCUGGCUUUCGAAGAUCCAGAGUAGGACCAUUUUAAACAUAUCAAUGUAAAUUAGAUGUAGUUCUAUUAUUAUAUAUUCAUAGUUAUUUAAAGUCUUAGUAUUUUAAAAUCAAUGUAGGUACUUAUAUUUGUGCCCUUAUAAACGAUACAUAUCAAUGAGCGGUGCUCAUAACGGUUACAUAUCAAAAUGUGAUUAUAAUAUAUAAAAUAUGAUAGUGUAAAUUAUUUAAUUCUUUAACAUUGUGAUGCGGGAGAAGACAACGAAUAGUAAUGAUGGCCAUGGAGGCUCUGCGACAAAUUGUAUCAUGGUGAAGGCUGGGUUUUUGUACCAUACGAUGCAAUUGAAAAACGAAACUAAAAAUGGGCAAGGUCAUAAAUUGUAAUUCACAAAAUGUGUUGGUUUAUUCUUUUAUUAAAUAAUUUAUAGUUCAAGUAACUACAAAAUUAUAUAUAUUCUAAAAUUCUACAGAUUUAAAUGAAAUGGUAGCGCCUAAACAAUUACAUGAUUUAAAGGCAACUUCGUUUUUGCUUAGCAAAUAUCAGAAAUAUAAAUUCCAUGGAACAAAUAAAAGGAUUAUUAUAACGUCAUAAUAAAAGAAACAUAUUCUCAACGUCGUUAUUCGAUUUAAUUUAAUUAUUAUAUGUAGGUCUAAUUGUAAGUUAUAGCUUCUAAUAUUUUAACUUGCGUCAGAUGAAUUUCUAGUCUUAAUUAUACUCGUCUACAAUAUAUUCGUAUUAAAAUAGUUAUGUGUUUCGAUCUAUGUAUAUGGCUUAUUCUUAAACGAGUCAAUAAAUAAAUUAUCUUGCAAUCGACUUUAAUUUAUUUACCAACAUAAUUUGACAAUUGCUUAGAUUAAAUUAUACUUGUUAACCCCACGCUUAAAAUAAAAUAGUUAUUAAAUUGCAAUCAAAACCUGUUAAUUAUUAUAUAAAAAAAUCUCGGCGAUUUAAAAGUGACGAUGUUCUUCUCGUCCCUUUUAAGACCUUGAUUUGACAACUGGCAGUAUAUGUAAAAGCAAUUAUUAUUUUUUCUAAAGUUCAUAAGUGUACAUUUAGUUUAGCUAAAUGAAUAAAAGUAUAUUCAGUUUUGAUUUGAUCUGUUUGCCUGCUAUAAUAAUAGCAAGAAAACGAAAUUACCGCUCAAUAAUUUAUUUUUAUGGAGGUAACAUAAAAAACUCUUGAAUGUGUAAGAAAAAUGAUCAAAAUAUUUCUUCGUUUGCCUUUC